UUAUAGCGAUCACAAAGUGAAAAAUUUGACUCGCUUACCGUGUGGACAGACGGCGAUGGACCUACUUUUGUCUUUUUAAGCGAAAGGAGAAAAAACGUUUUAAAAAGCAACAAAAAGCUCGCCCAAGAAGAGAACCCAUGAAAAAAUAAUCCAACAUGUUUUUCAGGCUCGCUGUACUGGUUCUCUUGGUUAAUUCAAUCGCCGGAGAUGUUAAUUUCAUCUACCAAGGGUUCCGGCAGGCGAAUUUGAUCCUCGACGGUCUCGCAGAGGUCACCUUCAACGGACUCUUGAAGCUCACCAAUGAUACCAGGCAGCAAAAGGGUCAUGCUUUCUACUCCUCUCCGGUGAAAUUCAAGAGCUCCACAAACGGCACUGCUUUCUCCUUCUCCACCACCUUCGUCUUCGCUAUAGUGCCCGAAUACCCUACUCUCAGCGGCCAUGGCAUCGCCUUUGUGAUUUCACCCACCAGAGACCUUUCGGGUGGUCUGGCGAGCCAAUUCCUCGGCUUAUUCAAUGAAAGCAACAAUGGAAACUCCAGUAAUCAUGUUGUUGCUGUGGAACUCGAUACGAUACAGAAUAAGGAGUUGAACGACAUCGAUGACAACCAUGUCGGCAUCGAUAUUAAUGGAUUGAAGUCGGAGGUGUCCCAUGGAGCUGGGUACUAUGUCAAUGGUCCCGAUCAGUUUAGCAACCUGACCCUCAUCAGCGGUCGGCCAAUGCUGGUUUGGGUCGAGUACGACAGUUUAGAACAGAUAAUGAAUGUCACCUUAGCUCCAAUUAAUGUUCCUAAACCCAAAGUUCCGCUUCUGUCUCUGCCAAUUGAUCUGUCUCCGUUGGUUAACGACACCGUCUACGUCGGAUUUUCGUCGUCAACGGGUUCGGUCCUGACAUCACAUUAUAUCCUAGGCUGGAGCUUCAUGAUUAACGGGAAAGCCGAAGAGCUCGACAUUUCCCAGCUUCCUAAGCUUCCUCGCAGAGGAACGAAGCAACCCACGAAAUUCUGGACAAUUGGGAUGCCUCUAAUUUCCCUGACUCUGGUUUUCGCAACAGGGUCUGGGAUGGUUUAUUUCAUAAGAAGGAAGAGGAAAUUUGCCGAUGAGGUUGAAGACUGGGAGCUCGAAUACGGGCCUCAAAGAUUCAAGUACAAAGAUCUGUAUGUUGCGACAAAAGGGUUCAAAGACAAAGGAUUACUGGGUACUGGAGGAUUUGGUAGGGUAUACAAGGGAGUACUACCCACCUCUAAAUUGGAGGUUGCAGUGAAAAGAGUCUCUCAUGAAUCGAGACAAGGGAUGCGAGAAUUCGUGGCGGAAAUUGUUAGUAUUGGUCGUCUCCGUCACCGGAAUUUGGUCCAGCUCUUAGGAUAUUGCCGUAGAAAAACUGAGCUGCUUUUGGUCUAUGACUACAUGCCGAAUGGAAGUCUAGACAAGUACCUCUAUGACGAACCGAUGGUCACACUGACUUGGAGACAGAGGUUCAGAGUCAUCAAGGGUGUAGCCUCAGGGUUGUUCUAUUUACAUGAAGAAUGGGAGCAGGUUGUUGUUCAUAGAGACGUCAAGGCGAGUAACGUCCUCUUGGAUGGUGAAUUAAAUGGAAGAUUAGGUGACUUCGGGUUAGCGAGAUUGUAUGAUCAUGGAACGGAUCCACGAACAACUCAUGUGGUGGGAACUCUUGGGUACCUUGCACCAGAGCAUACCCGUACCGGGAAGGCCACGACAAAGACAGAUGUUUUUUCUUUUGGUGCAUUUUUACUUGAAGUUGCGUGUGGAAGAAGGCCAAUAGAGCAACAAGCUGAAAAUGAGAAUAUGAUUCUAGUGGAUCUGGUGUAUUCGUUUUGGCUAAGAGGGGAGAUUCUAGAGGUCAGGGAUCCAAAAUUAGGGACAGAUUUUGUGGCAGAGGAAGUAGAGUUGGUGUUGAAUCUGGGGUUGCUCUGUUCGAAUUCAGACCCUAGAUUCAGACCAAGCAUGCGCCAAGUGGUGCAGUACUUAGAAAUGGAUCUUCCUUUACCGGAUUUAUCAGCACUAGGCCUCACUGCAGGUGGCCUAACGUUUACCCAUGGUGAAGGGUUUGAUGACUUUGCCUUGUCCUAUCCAUCUUUGGAUACCUCUUCAGUUGCUGAGUCCCUACUUUCAGAAGGUCGAUGAUUCUCAAGAUUUUGUAUUAAUUAUUUGUGUUUCGAUCUGUGUAUUUGUUACUACAUGAUAUCUUACAUUGUUGGUUAGACAUUGUUACUCCAGUCUCAAUAUGAACACAAAAUGCCUACUGGCAUGUUAAAAGU